AACAUGCUAAGACAGUGUAUCUGUUACUCAGAACUACCUGCAGGUACGAGUGCCACCACGUUUCAUAGGCUAGAGAAGGGUAAAUCUUCAGCUGAGCAGGAAGAGUGCGAAGCCAUAAUGGAUGGAAUACAACGUGUGUGUGUCAAGCUCCUUUUGAUUUGUCAUACAGUAGUGAUGUUUUCUGUUCAGGCUUCAGAUCAGCCUCCCCCUGUGAAUGAAGUCAUGCAAACAGAAGCAGUAUCCAAUGUAUCUGGAAAUACAACCAUAUCUAGAAGUAUUGUAAUGUCUACCGUUUCAGAUGAAGAAGCAGUUAAUACAACCACAGUGCAGAAUAUAAGUUCCAGUUGGAAUACAAUUGCUUUGACAGCAAAGAUAACUAGUUCAUUGGCUUUAACAACUUUGUCACAUUUUGCACGAAACACUCUACGUCCCCUCAACACAGACACUAGCAGCCCUUCAGACACUACUAUUAGAUUCAACACUGUUAUGACAUCACCUACAGUUUCAACCUUUAAUCAAGCAACUGAUAAAGAUUCUAAUCCCAGAACAUCUGCAAUCACAUUGAAACCAACAGCUCAAUCGUCUACAGUCACACAACUAAAUACUAGCAAAGCUUUGGAUUCAGUUCCUACAACACAGGCUUCAGGAGGAAUUCAUCUAAGGAAUUCAGAGGCCAUUCUGGUCAUUAUUUUCAGCAGCAUCCUCACAUUUGCUGUUCUAGCCAUUGUCAUAUGCAGUCUUGAUAAAUACAGGAAGAGAAGAGCUCAGUAUUCCCAUCACCCACUAUAUGACACCUCUUCUGAAACAGCUGACAUAUACACUACUCCAGAUGACACACUGAUGAUAUCAGGAGGACUAUAUGAUGCACCAAGGGUUUAUAACCCCAAUUUGACUGUACUGGAUGAUGAUGCGCUUCAACCUGAAUACUUACCAUUUGGCGCCAGACCUGGGAAGUUCAGACUUGAAAUUUUAUCUGGUGAAAAUUAUAAAGGACUUUCCCCAACCUUUGAUAGAUUUCAGUCACCAACACAACACUCAUAAUGUAGUAAUAAUGACAGUAGUAUAGAGCAAUCUCUUUAAUUAGUUGUCAUAUUAGUUUUUAAGUAGCAUUUUAUUACAAUAUUAAUAAUUAUACUAGCUCUUAAUCAAUAGACCUCAAUCCACUUCCCAAAGGAGGCAAGUAUUAUUAUCCACAUAUUAAUAAUGGGGAAACUGAAUCACAAGAGAGGUGAAGUGACUCGCCCAAGGUAUGCAGGGAUAUAACAAAAACAUAAAAUGAUUAGUAAAGGUUAAACAUGGAUUUUAAAUCUUAAUCUUACUGCUGUAAAAUUAUUAUAUGCAUGGAUUUAUAACUGGGUCAUAAAAGAGCCAGGCCAACCACUAUUCUUAGUUCCCUAGCAAGCUCAGUGAGUAAUUAAGGUUCACAUUUUUAGAAUGGUCUCUGAAUUUAGGUACCUCUGUUGUUGAAUAGAUCAAAAAUGGCAGCACUCAAAACUAUCACUUGUCUGUUUUGAAAUGAAAUGGUAAUUAAUAGCAGAUACUCGGAGUCCUGGGUGAAAUGUGGACUGCAUUAAAGUCAAUGGCAAAACUCAUGCAGCCAGGAUUUCACAUUUUAUAUUUUAAGGGUGGAGGGGAUUAAUUUUUUUG